AUGCGGUAUCGACCAGAUAAGAUUACUAUAAUACCAAUAAACAAGUACACUUUGUUAAUUUCUAAGAAUAAACCCGUGGAAAUGAACGACUCCGAAUUUUUAGCUCCUAUAUACAGACCAUUGAAAGUGUACCGAAGUGACAGUGAAGAAGACAAUAUAGCUAUUGAUGCUGAUUUGAAAAAACCACCGGAAUAUGAAGAAAAAGAGAUUGAGAAAGAAGAAGAAGAAGAAUUGGAAUUAGAAGUUAUUGAUAACAACGUUUUCAAUCACAGAGCGUUAAGUAAAUACGCAACUACAUAUGAAUUAGAGAAAUUCGAGAAGAAUCUUCUAAUAAUAUUCAAUCAAGAGAAUAUUUAUGGUUAUAAGCCGAGAUUGGGCACUGAACAAGAUGUGAGAGAGUUGGAAAAUACGUUCUCGAGGUUCGGAUUUGUAGUGGAAGAACACAAAGACUAUACGAAGGAUGAAAUCUUUCAGGUGUUGGAUACUUUUAAAAGGCGUGAUUUCACUGACUACGGUUGCGUGGCGAUCGCAGUUUUAACACACGGGACAAGGGACGGUAUCCUCCGGGCAAGGGACCAGCAGUUUACCGAAUUUGACAUUAUUGAUGCAUUGAAAACGCAUAAUAAGCCUACAUUGAUCACGAAGCCCAAGUUGCUGAUUAUUCAGGCUUGUAGAGGAGCAAGGGAUAUUCAGGGAGUUAUCGUUGGAAGGAGUGCUAAAAUACGAAAAGAUAUUGAUGACGAUUUCAAUCCAUACACAUUGCCUGUUGAGGCAGAUAUGUUUGUUCUACAUAGUUCUUAUAUGGGGAACCCUUCACAUAGAGACGAAAUAAACGGCUCCUGGCUAAUACAAACAUUAUGCCACAAAAUAAAGCUUCUAUCCUCAACCCACGACUUAGAACACAUUAUAAUAGACGUCAAACGUGAAGUAGCGAUCGACAAAUACCACGAAGAAUACAAUAGACGGACUUUAGAAAUAGACACAAAUAAACAAAUACCAGUAGUCACAUCUACAUUAAUAAGGAAAUUAUAUUUUAGAAGAUUUGGGGAGGAAAAUAACGCGGUUUCCCAUACAGAUAGUAAUUUAGUGCAGUCUAAGAAUGAAGUGUUGGACGCGUCCAGCCCUGUGUCGUUGGAGUUUGGACCGUGUUUGUGCUUUUUGGACUAUUAUGCGUAUAUUAAGAAUUGUUUGAGAUUAUUCCUCGACAAGAACCCCGAAGACGCGACAGCGCAGUCGUUUUUCGACAUUUCCGAAUCGUUUGACGACAAUUUUGAGUUCAACUCAGCUAAAGAGAAAAUGACUAAAGCUAUUUGCAAUCAUUUAUCUAUUUAUGCAAAGGACUUUGAAUUUUACAAGUACCUAUAUAUAAAAACAACUGUGGAUCGGUUGAAAUAGAUAUA